AGAGAGAGAGAGAGAAAGAGAAAGAGAGAGAAAGUCACCAGUGGUGUGGCGCUCUUUGAUUCAUUGACCCACAGUCGUCAACAGGUGCCGAAGGGGGAUUCCUACGACUAAGGCCAUGACCACUAGAGUCCUAUGGAGGCCCCUUCUGGCCCUCGUCUGCACUAUGUCACACUUCAGCGUCGCCAGCAAUGUGGACCCUUUAGCCCCUGAGCGAGAAGUUACCUUCAGCCAUGUCUAUAACAUUGAUGUUCCAGGGGGCCCCGGAUGUAAAGUGCCAAACCAGGAUGACACAGGGUUGCAGCUGGAAAGCACAAAGAGCGGAGAGAAUGACAUCAUUUUCAGACACAACAUUAAGCUGCAGUCACCAAAAUGUGACUGCGGGGAAUCGGAGACCUUCAAGUCUCUCUUGUACAGAGUGAACGGCUUGGAAGAGGAAGUCAACUACCUGAAGACACAAUGUUCUCAGGGAUGCUGUGGCACUGCAGGUGCGGACACAAGCUGCAGUGGCCACGGGACCUACCAACGUGACACAUGCAGCUGCCUGUGCUAUCCAGGGUGGGAAAGUCCAGAUUGCUCAGUGUCUUCCUGCCCUGAUGAGUGCAACGACAACGGCCGCUGCGUGGAUGGCAGAUGUGUCUGCCAUCAGGGCUACACAGGCGACGAUUGCGGCCAAUUAAUAUGCCCUUCCAACUGCAAUGACAAGGGCCAUUGUAGGGAUGGAAAAUGUGUGUGCUUCCCGCACUUCACAGGCGAGGACUGCAGCAUCCAGAAGUGUCCCAAUGACUGCAACGCUAACGGCCGCUGCGUGGAUGGUCAAUGUGUCUGCGACGCGGCCUUUUACGGCGAGGACUGCUCGUUGGUCCAAAGUCCGCAAGGUCUACGGUUGGUCCAGAAAACUGACGUCUCCCUCCGGGUGGACUGGGUGCCCGUUCCUGGGGCCGAGUAUUACGUUUUAAGCUAUCAUCCUAAAGGUCAAGGGACUGCUUUGAAGAAGUUUCGGGUUCCCAACAUGGAAAACUCCUACCUCAUCAGAGGUCUGAAGCCUGGGCUCACUUACAUUGUCCAAAUCCAGGCUGUCAUCAGAGGCAUCCAAAGUGAAGCGAAAAACAUGGAAGCUACAACAGGGGUCUCAACAGUCAAAGACAUUCGAGUUCUUGACCAGACAGAAGUCUCCAUCCAGGUUGAUUGGAAAAACCCACAAUCCGAGGUGGAUCACUUCCGACUCACGUACACCGACCCAUCGGGACAGGAGGAGGCGAUGAGCGUGCAGAGGAGCCAAGAAAUGCGAACGAAACACACAAUCGUGGGUUUGAAGCCAGGAACAGAAUACCUGAUUGCACUGCAGGCCAUCAAGGGAACCACAAAGGGGAACCCUUCGUCUGUUACAGGUUUUACAGAUAUGGAUCCCCCACCAAACUUGAUCACCUCCCAGGUAACAGAAGAUACAGCUACGGUUUCCUGGGACGCGGUCCAGUCGCAAAUUGACGGCUACAUGUUGAGCUACACGUCAGACACGGGCUCCAGCGCCGAGAUACCAGUCGGCCAUGACAUGACCUCAUACAGGCUGGUUGGAUUGAAGCCUGGCGUGGUCUACACCGUCUACAUCUGGGCCUACAGGAGAGACAAGGUUAGCAGGAAGAGUUCCACACAGGCCGAGACUGAGCUGGAUGCGCCCGCUAACCUCUCAGUCCAGGAAAAGACAGAAACCGGUUUCAAAGUGUCCUGGGAUCAGGUCCAGGCAGAAAUCGAUGGCUACGUCCUCACCUACACUUCUUCUGAGGGCUCUAGUGGACAAAUUUCUCUUGGACCGGACGCUGCUUCUUAUAGUCUGACUGGUUUGAGGCCCGGUGUUGUGUACACGGUCUACGUCUGGGCUGUCAAGGGAAGCCAAGCCAGCCGGAAGACCUCCACACAAGCAGAGACAGAACUGGACGCUCCCGCUAACUUCUUAGCCCGAGAGCAAACCGAGACCAGCUUCAAGGUGUCCUGGGAACAUGUCCUGGCAGAAAUCGACGGCUAUGUCCUCACCCACAGCUCUUCUGAGGGCUCUAGUGGGGAGAUCCGUGUCGGACCCGAGGUCGAUUCUCACAGUCUGACUGGUCUGAGGCCCGGAGUGGUCUACACGGUCUACGUCUGGGCUUUCAAAGGGGCCAGAAGAAGCAGGAAGAUCUCAGUACAAGUGGAGACAGAGAUCGACGCACCCAAGGACCUGCAGGCUUUGGAUGUGACCAUGGAUUCAGCCAUGUUGACAUGGACUCCUCCUCUGGCUGACAUUGAAGGCUAUAUCCUCACCUUUAGGGAUGAGGAGGGCAACAUGGAGACUGUUGAGAUGCAGCUGGGGUCGGGAGAGAGUACCUUUGCCAUGUCCAGCCUCCAGAUGGGCAAGGGAUACAUUGUCAGCAUCAUCGCCUACAGAGGCAACAAGAGGAGCAGAAUGGUGGAAACUAUUUUCAAAACAGUUGGCAUCCAGUACCCCUUCCCAAUGGACUGUCUUCAGAUCAUGAAAAAUGGCAACAAGAGGAGCGGUGUCUACACAGUGUAUGUCAACAACGAGCGCUCCAAACCAAUAGAGGCCUAUUGUGACAUGGAUUCUUACGGAGGCGGAUGGCUGGUACUGCAGCGUCGUACAAGCGGAAAACUGGACUUCAUGAAACGCUGGCGACAAUACGCGGCUGGCUUCGGCAACAUGACGGACGAGUUUUGGAUUGGGCUGGAUAAGAUCUACGAGCUGACUAACACUCCCACACAGUACGAGCUGAGGUUCGACUUGGGCCGAGGCUCCGAGAGAGCCUACGCCGUUUACGACAGCUUCAAGGUGGCCCCCGCCAAGCAGAAGUUCAAACUCUCUAUCGGAAACUACAGAGGGACUGCAGGUGAUGCCAUGACCUACCACCAGGGUCGUCCCUGGACAACGAUCGACUCGGACAACGACAUCGCCCUGGGGAACUGUGCCCUUACGCACCGUGGCGCUUGGUGGUACAAAAACUGUCACCUGGCCAACCUCAACGGCAAAUGGGGAGACAACAGGCACAGCUUGGGAAUAAACUGGGAACCGUGGACGGGCCACCUGGCGUCUCUGGACUUUACCGAGAUGAAGAUCAGACCCGUGGGGGCAUUCUCCAGCAGGAAGAGGCGGUCGUUGAUGAUGGCCAGAGAGAAGACCCAGGAUGAAGAAAAGGAAGCGCAUUAAAUAUUCAGACUUAAGUAGGAUUUGGUACAAAAAGUUAAUAUUGGGAAAGGCCUGGUUUACUGGAAAACGUUGAAAAGAGUGUUGUUGGUGGGGUGGUGCAUGCUAACACUCAAACAGUGAUGCAUUUUGUAUUAUAUAUCCUACUGAAUCUGCAUUUGCAAAUACUUUGCAGUUAGUCAAGUCAUUGAAAUCACUUUCCAAGUUGAAUGUGAUCUUGUGCUAACAAGAAAAAAGUGCCUUUAAGUCUAAUUUAAGAAUCUUUACAACAAAAAGUUGUUUAAAAUUAUUUAGCAAGUGACGGUAUUUACCAGUCCAGGUUAUUAGUGUGAUAGUUCUGUCUUCUUUAUGGAAUAUUUAGGAGUCUUCUCAUAAUAUCAUGAAUUUAAUAAAAAUUGAAUAAAAACAAUGAAGGUAA